CACUGCGGGAGGCGGCGGCCGCGCAGGUAUAAGCAAUUGAGGACGACACUUUUGUUGUCCAAAGAUGGAAAACAACAUAACUACUAUAUCUCGUGAAGAGCUUGAAGAACUAAGAGAAGCAUUCAGUAAAAUAGAUAUUGACAACAGUGGGUAUGUCAGUGAUUAUGAGCUUCAAGACCUGUUUAAAGAAGCAAGUCUGCCCUUGCCUGGUUACAAAGUCCGGGAGAUUGUAGAAAAAAUCAUUGCAGUGACAGAUACCAACAAGGAUGGGAGAAUAAACUUUGAAGAAUUUGUCUCUAUAAUUCAGGAAUUGAAAAGUAAAGAUGUUAGCAAAUCUUUCCGAAAAUCAAUAAACAAAAAACAAGGCAUUACAGCAAUUGGAGGAACAUCAGCAAUAUCUAGUGAGGGGACACAACACUCUUAUUCAGAGGAAGAAAAAGUUGCUUUUGUUAACUGGAUAAAUAAGGCUCUACAAGAUGACCCAGACUGUAAGCACCUGCUACCUAUGAACCCAUCAGAUGCCAGUCUUUUUAAAUGCCUUGCAGAUGGCAUUCUUCUUUGCAAGAUGAUCAACUUUUCACAACCAGAUACAAUUGAUGAAAGGGCUAUUAAUAAGAAGAAACUUACUCCCUUCACUGUUUCUGAAAACCUAAACCUGGCUCUGAACUCAGCAUCUGCUAUUGGCUGUACAGUUGUCAAUAUCGGAUCACAAGAUUUGCAAGAAGGAAAACCUCACUUGGUGUUAGGACUCUUGUGGCAGAUCAUUAAAGUUGGUCUUUUUGCUGAUAUUGAGAUAUCCAGAAAUGAAGCUCUUAUUGCUUUGCUAAAUGAAGGGGAAGAACUAGAUGAGUUAAUGAAGCUUUCCCCAGAAGAGCUCUUGCUUCGCUGGGUGAACUACCAUCUGGCCAAUGCAAGGUGGCAGAAAAUCAGUAACUUCAGCCAAGACAUUAAGGAUUCAAGAGCAUACUACCAUCUGUUAAAUCAGAUUGCACCGAAAGGAGAUGUUGAUGAAUUGUCCAUUAAUAUUGACUUUUCAGGAUUUCAUGAUAAAAAUGACUUGAGAAGGGCUGAAUACAUGCUCCAACAAGCAGAUAAAUUGGGCUGCAGACAGUUUGUAACUCCAGCUGAUGUGGUUGCAGGCAACCCUAAGCUAAAUUUGGCUUUUGUUGCAAAUCUCUUUAACACGUAUCCAGCCCUACACAAGCCUGAGAAUUCAUCGUACGAUCUCAAUUUAUUAGAAGGAGAAAGUAAUGAAGAAAGGACUUUCAGAAACUGGAUGAAUUCACUGGGUGUAAGCCCAUAUGUUAAUCAUUUAUAUAGUGAUCUCUCUGAUGCUUUAAUCAUCUUUCAAUUGUAUGAUAUGACUCGUGUGCCAGUUGACUGGAGCCACGUCAACAAACCUCCUUACCCACUGCUUGGUGGAAAUAUGAAAAAGAUUGAGAAUUGCAAUUAUGCAGUAGAACUCGGGAAGACAAAAGCCAAAUUCUCACUGGUUGGUAUUGCUGGACACGACCUAAAUGAGGGUAAUCCAACUCUGACCUUGGCUUUGGUGUGGCAGCUGAUGAGAAGGUAUACUUUGAACGUACUAUCAGACCUUGGAGAGGGGGAAAAAGUAAAUGAUGAAAUUAUUAUUAAGUGGGUGAAUCGGACACUUGCAACAGCAAAUAAGAAAACUUCAAUCACAAGUUUCAAGGACAAAUCAAUCAGCACUAGUUUACCUGUCCUAGAUUUAAUAGAUGCCAUUGCACCAAAAGCAGUUAGUCCAGAAAUGGUCAAGAGAGAAGAUCUUUCUUAUGAAGACAAAUUAAAUAAUGCUAAGUAUGCCAUUUCAGUUGCUCGAAAAAUAGGAGCUCGUAUAUAUGCUCUCCCAGAUGAUCUUGUUGAAGUGAAGCCAAAAAUGGUGAUGACAGUGUUUGCAUGUUUGAUGGGACGAGGACUGAACAAAAUAAAAUAAUGAGGACCUGUAAUACAACUUCCUGCCACAUUAAGCACGAUGAAUGCCUCACAGUUUACAGAAUUCGGAAGCUUAGUAUGAAAAGAGGACAUUUGAAUGCACAAAUACACCUGUUAAAUACAUUUUGAUGUGUUUAUAUAAGUUAAAAUUCUAUUCAUUUUCUUUAGACAUGGAUUAUUUAUGGGUAGGAUAGUAUUCAGAACAUAUUCAUUACCAAAUGAACAUCACAGAUUUGUAUUGCUUUAAGAAAAACCCCACACCAUGUUAAUCAAGCAUUGUUUGUAUUUGUUUCCUUAGCACUUUACGCAUCUGCAUACGUUUGCAUAUGUUAUUUCAGGACCUAUUGUAAAACAGUGGUUCAUUUUUGUGGAUGUUAUAUGUAGUCAUACAAGACUCAAGGUGCAUUCCACUCCUCAUCUCUUGUUACUUUUAAUCUGCACAGAAAUUACCAUCCUUGCCUUAGUCUUUGAGAGCCUAAUUCCUGUUGAAGCCAAUGAGAGUCUUAUAAUUGACUUCAGUGAGACCAAGUGAAGGCCUGUGGUGAUAAUGACUGGAAACUAAUUAAUAUUGAUAAAGCUGAUGAAACCUUUAUGGGAGAGUAAUCUUUAAAAAUAUGUAGUAGUUCUGUUACUGAGCAGGAACUUCUAUAGUCUGUGUCUUAAGAAAAAACAGCAAAUAGUGAGCAGAAAUGUAAUCAUGUUGUAAGUUAGGUUUGCCUGUGCAGUAGCUUUUGCAGUUGCAUACUCAUAUUUUUUUAAUUUUUCAUAUUUUUUUCCUAGAAUAUUAUGUAAGAAAAUAAAGAGUUGGCUAGUCCAGGCAGGGUUUUGCAUUUCCUAAUAGAUUCUUUGAUUUUCCUCAAGUGUAUAUAAUGUGUGCAGAGGUUUUGUCUACAAAGACUGGUGUAUUGUCUGGAUGAGAUGAAGUCCAUAAUUUUCUUAAAGUAUUCUCCUUUCUCUGCAGCUGUAAAUGUUAAGCUAAGGUUCUGGAGCUGGAUGUUUAUUAAAGUUGUUAGCAGAUGCCAAACAGUAAGAAAGAAGAAAACUAAAUAAAAAUUAAAUCCUG